AUGAUGCUGAUUACGAAGAUUAAACUGGACAAUCAGAGGAUCGUCGCCUACAAGGGUGUUAAUUUUAGCAACAACCCGUUCCCGAAGCUCACUGACGAUGUGUUCCUUGAUACAGCCACCAAACACGCGGUGCUGUGCUGCAAUGCGCGAUUUUUACCCCUAGCAUAUAUGCAUCUGUUGCUCAAAAAGCUCAUCAAGACCAAACAUGUUGAGAUCCACGAAGUCAUGGUAAAGAUCAAGACAGCAUCACGGACCGUUCUUGUCCUCGCAGAUGACGGUACAGAGAGCGAGAAUUGGCUUGAGCACAAUAUUUCACUGUUACGAAUUACCGCCAAUGGGAGCCGAAAGCAAUGGUACAUCAACCUAUCCGGUGCUGAGCUCGGGCUUACGCAAGCAUUCUUUACCGCUGCCGACUUCGAAUCCAAGCACAUGCAGGCGCUUUGUGCAGUUUUCGAGUUCGGUAAAUGCAGAGAAUACAUCUGGACUUGCUCAACUAUGCCAGGCUGGUUUGCGCAGACAGAGCGCAUCGGCCUUCAGGCCUCAUCACGAAUGGAAACAGCACUACUGACCUUCUUGCAGCAGCCUGGAAAUGACUUGAAAACCCUUCGUAAGAGGAGUAUGGCAGCCUCGACGAGCUGGACACAACCGUUGGUUGAGGCUUUGUCUCAGGCCGUUCAUGGGUACAUCUCCAACUACAAUGUCAGUGAACUCAUGUCUCAGAUCAUGCAUGAGCCAGAGAUCUUGUCGCAAGAAAUGACGAGGAGGCAUUUCCAUUACGCUAGCAUUCUCGGUGAUGCUAUGACGGACGAGGAGAAAGCGAACCACCCUAAGGUAACUUCCGACCUAGCUCAGAUUCAGCAACAACACAAAGGCCCUGGCGUGGAUAUGGUGAUAGAGGAGUUUAAAUCUCUUUAG